AGCAACAAAAAGGGACUCGACACCAGAUAACCAGAAAGUCGAAGAAAAAUCCAGACGCUUCGUGUCAGGACGCAGUUGGAACAUUGGAUCACGCAAGUCGGGAUAUAACGUCUCAUUGUCUCUCCCAGCACACAAUCAGUGCAAUUAAACUUGAACGCAGCGCCUUUGUAUUUAAUUAAUUGUGAUGAUGAAUCGACCAACGGCCAACGGCACCAGCAGCAAAGUGUGCGCAUUGUGUCGUUCAAAAGCCUCGCAAAUCUGCGGAGGAUGCGGUGAAAUUUCUUACUGCUCAAAGGAACACCAGAAACAACAUUGGGCCACUCACAAGAGCCAGUGCAAACCUUACAAGAUUGUUUUCGACCAGAAAUAUGGCAGGAUCAUGGUGGCGUCCAAGAAUAUCAAACCGGGUGAAAUCAUAUUUCGGGAAAAGGCCAUUUUCACGGGACCCAAACAAGGUUGUCUGCCGUGCUGUUUGGCGUGCUACACCAGUUUGGAGAAUGUUGAAGAGGCCAGUCUCUUCCGGUGCCCUGGAUGUAAUUUCCCGUUUUGUCAAGAGAAAUGUGCCAAGAGUCCCGAACAUGGCGAAACGGAAUGCAAAGUUUUGAGCCGGACCAAAUCGCGCAUCACAAUAACCGACAUGAGCAAAUCGCAUCCGGUCUACCAAUGUAUUUCGCCACUCAGAGGACUUUUAUUGAAGACGACCCAGCCCAAAUUAUUCGAACAAUUCAACGGAUUGGAGAACCACAACGACUUGAGGAGAAAGUCGGACUAUUGGAGCGUCUACCAAAUCAACGUCGUCGAAUUUCUCCACAAGGUUUGCGAAUUAUCCGAUCAAUUUACCCAGGAAGAAAUCCACUCGGCUUGCGGGGCCCUGGACGUCAAUGCCUAUGAAAUCAGACCUCCCAACAGUGGCCAGCAACGCAUCCUCGGUCUGUUCCCUCUGGCCUCGAUGAUGUCUCACAACUGCGUGUCUAAUAUGAACCACGUCAUCGAUGCCAAUUACCAGAUGACAGUUCGAGCUUCAGUUCCAAUUAUGAGAGGAGAGCAAGUCUUUUCCAGUUAUGCUCUGGCGCUCGAAGGAACGAGAGAACGUCGAUCUCUGUUGCGUCAGAGUAAAUUAUUCGAAUGUGAUUGUUCCCGCUGCUCCGAUCCGACGGAAUGCUCAACUUAUUUAUCGGCCCUGCGCUGCCAGAAAUGCCCCACGGGCUUCGUGCUGCCCAUCCGCCCGCUGGAUGAGAAAGAAACGGAAUGGAAAUGCAAUUUGUGCUCGUACAAAUUGACGGCCGUCGUUGUCAACCGAGUGGUCGACAAACUCAAAGAAGAAUUCGAAACUAUCGGACCCAACGAAGUCGAAAAGUUCGAAGGAUUCCUAAGUCGACACGCCUCACUUGUCCAUCCCAAUCACUUCCUGUUCACGAGCGCCCGGCAGUCGCUGAGCCAAUUGUACGGACGGGAUGAAAAGUAUUUGCUCAACACUUUGACGAUGGAACAGCUGGAACGUAAAGUUGCCAUCUGCCGGCAGUUGCUGGAUGUGGCGGAUGUCGUCGAGCCCGGCCUGACACGAAUCAGAGGUGUGACACUAUACGAGAUGCACGCGCCAAUGUUGCUGAUGGCUAGACGAACGUUCGAGGCCGGCCAAAUCAGUUCGGCGGAAUUCAAAGAGAAGAUUGAAUCUGUCCGGUCGAUAUUGUCGGAAGCCACUAGAAUCUUGUCGCUAGAAGAUCCUGCCUCGACGGAAGGGGCCAUGGGUAGUGCGGCCGUUCAAGCCCUGGAUCAAAUCCAGCGAUGGAUCUCGUCCAUGUGAUGCACAACUAAUAAGGGAAAAUAAACGAAUUGAUUUCUCA